AUGUCAGCACUGGUGUGCCUUCUCUCUGCAGCAUACGCAGCCGCUUGGGAGACUGAAGCGCAAGCCGCCCAGCAAGUCCGCCACCUCCUCUCCUCACCCUCCGAGCACUUUUCCUCCGGUAUCCUCUCCACCAUCUACUCUCACAGCCAUCCAGAUGCCUCCCUGCACAACUCCCCCCUCUCCGGUCCAGAAUACUUCGCACCUUGCCAGUCCAACGGCGACCUUACUUUUCUCGCUCUGCCCGUCUCGCAGAACUGGCGCAACGCACUAGCACCAGGAGCCAAUGUCACAUUCUCCGUCGGGAGCAAUCCAGAUCCAAGAAUAGUGGACUGGAGACAUGCGAAGAAGGGAGAUGCAAGCAAGUGGGAAGAGGGAAGGCCAGAGUGGAGAAAGGGGAUGCCUUCGAAAUUGAGGGUCACGCUCUUUGGACACGUCGUGGAGCUUCCACAGGAGGAGACGCAGGCAAGGGCGAGCCUGACGCAUCGGCUGGCAAAGUGCUUCACUUCGGUGCACACUGAUAGCGUGAAGUGGGCUCCUGGGGCAAAAGAGUCUCCCCACGAGGCGAGGUGGGUGCAGCUCGUCGUUGAUAGGAUCUAUGCAGUGGGUGGCUUCGGGGAUGAACACAGGAUAGGAUGGGUCAGCAAGGAGGCAUAUGUGGCAGCUGGAAUUAGUAGCAAGGUACCUGCCGAGCCAGGUCUCACUGUCGCAGUGGAUCAGAAGGACGCUCCUGAUCGUCAUACUCUCUUUAGCGACACUCAGGGUGCGGUCUUUAGUGUACCAGAGCUCCCGCUAUCCCUCUUUGGCAGACCCAGCCAGCGCUACUUUGACUAG